UUUAAUUUUGUUUCACAGAGCUUUUAAUUAAAAUAUUAUAUUUGUUUAAUGAUUAAGUUGUUUCACUGCCACAAGGAUUUUAAACAAAGCCAUGAAACCUCAACGGAAACUUCCCCGUAAGUUUAAUUCCCAACUAUCCAACGCACAAACUGAUCCCGUUGAGGUGUUUGCACGGAUCCGAAACAAAACAGUCGACAACCAAGAUGCUUGUAUUCAAGUAAUUAAUGACACAACUAUUCAUUUAGUGGGUGCAAACGCAGAUUCUAAAGUGACUGAAUGUCAGUUUUCGCGAGUUUUUGCUGCAGAAGUUUCGCAAAAACUUUUAUUUGAUUCGGUUGCGCAAUCUAUGGUGGAUGACUUGAUACGAGGGAAAAAUGGUUUGCUGUUCACAUAUGGAGUUACUAGUUCAGGCAAAACAUACACCAUGACAGGCUCAUUAGAAGAACCAGGGUUUCUACCUCGUUGUCUGGAUAUGCUGUUUAAUUCAACUAAACCUGUGCAAGCAUCUAAAUAUGUUUUUGUUCCCGAUGGAAUGAAUGGGUUUUGCGUCCAGUCUGAAGCUGAGGCAUUAUUAGAAAAACAAGAACGAGAAAUUUUGCCCCAGUUGACGCCGAAGAAUGCCAGCAGGAUGCGUCACAGAAAUGUUGACCUGAGAUACGACUUGGAACAUUGUCAAUCGGAAAAUGUGAACCCUGAGUGCAGAUACUCAGUAUUUGUGUCGUACGUGGAAAUAUAUAAUGAUUAUGUUUAUGAUUUACUGGGGGAAGUACAACUGGAUCCAUUUCAAAGACCAAAGCCACCACAGUCGAAACGAUUGCGUGAAGACAAGAAGAAGAAUAUGUUUGUUUACGGGGUAUCUCAGAUUGAAGUCACCUCAACUGAAGAAGCAUUUGCAGUUUUUCAACAAGGCCAGGAAAGGCGUAGGAUCGCCCAUACACAACUUAAUGCUGAAUCCAGUAGAUCACACAGUAUAUUGAACAUAAGGCUUGUUCAAGCACCUCUGGAUCCACUGGGAGAGGAUUUACUGCAGGAAAAAAGUUUGAUUUGUGCGAGCCAGUUAUCGCUGGUUGACUUGGCUGGUAGUGAAAGAAUGACGCGGACAGGAGCCGGUGGGGAGAGGUUAAGGGAAGCUGGGAAUAUUAACAGCUCGCUCAUGACUUUGAGGAGGUGUCUUGAACAACUGCGUGAGAACCAGAAAGGAGGAGGAAACGAGAUGAUUAAAUACAGGAACUCAAAACUUACACAUCUGUUUAAAAGUUACUUCGAAGGCCACGGGACAGUUAAGAUGGUGGUUUGUCUGAAUCCCAACAUGGCUGAGCAUGACGAGAAUCUUCACGUUGUUCAGUUCGCCGAGAUGGCUCAACAAGUUGAAGUCGCAAGAUCCGAGGAUUUCCGUGUCGAUCGUGAAAGUAUAAAGAAGAAAGCUCUCGAAGCUAAAGCUAAACGUGAGGAAGACCGGAAGAAACAACUAACUGCGAUCCAACAACUAAACCAGGAAGCUAAUAGUCACAGAUUAUUCAAACGCACAAAAUAUCGCUCACAAAUCCCGUCAUCAGACUCAGAUUCUGCAGCUCUUACCCCAGCCACUACUACUGACGAUGGUGAGUCAGAUUGGGAAGCGACGGAUUAUUGCCUUGGGCCAUCUUUCCCCAACUUAGAAGUCGUAGAUUCCGCCGACAAUCGAACUAUCCCGUUCCUCAUAUCUAUGUUGGAGAAUCGCAUUGAAAAUAUGAGCUCUAUUAAAAGAAGUGCAAAACAUUUCGGAAGUUUAUUUCGUACAAAUCUUAACGCUGGGUCGCAACAUGACCAAGAACUCCAACAAAAGUUACGGGAUUGCGAAAAUGAUCUAGGGUUAAAGGGGAAAGAAGUGAACAAGAUGGAACGCCAGGUUAAGAAGCUUGAAUCGAAGAACCAAGUACUAACAAGAACUACACAAGUUUUUGAGAAAGAGAAAAAACAACUACAAGAACAACUAUCUGAGGCAGAAUCUCAAUUAAAAUCGAGUCUUUCGGACACAAGGCGAUUAGAAUCAAAGAUCAAAGGGGCAGUGGCGAAUACUAAGGCCCAUGUUGAGAAAGAAUGUGACAAGCGAGUCCGCAGUGUGCAAGCUGAGAUGCAGGAGAAGAUGUGGGUGAAGGAUGAGAGGUUACGCCAACUGAAGAAUAUUAUUUCUACCGGGCGCGAGGGGAGGCCGACCACUAGGAGGUGCCAGACACCAUUGAAACAACCGAUCUCAUCCGCUGAAAGUACGAGUUCAAGCUCUCACCUGAGUAGGAAACGUCGUUCACGAUCAGCAGAGAACUUACUUAGCACCCACAAGCAUAAGAAUGUUAACUCAAGCAUCCAUUCAUCCAGGAAACAACUGUCGAGCACAUCAGUUGGAAUCGAGGGAAAUAGUUUGAGGGACAUUGAAAGCAGAGCUCAUAGAAUGACCACGCGAAGCAAAACAAAAGAACAUUCCGUUUGCUCAGAGGAUGAAAGCCAUUUACUUGAGCAAGAAAAUCCAAGAACGCUCGGUUGCCAGUUUGUUAACAGAGAAAACGAAGAUAAAAUGAGACACAGGCCAGGCGCACCAAUCGCACCAAAGCAUCGUCGUUCAUGUUCAAACAACCCCAACUGGCUGGCCCAUCUACCAAGCUCUACUAUACAAACAGAAACCAUCCUCCAGCCAGCUAUCCGACCAAACCGAGUGGUUAACGUCCCGUCACCCAAGGACGUAGCGGGCGCUUCAAAGUAUUUACUCACUCACCAAAGUGAGGAUAAAGAUGGGGAGAUCGAGACACAGCUGGUUAAGGGUGAAGUAUUCCACACCAGAUCAGGAGGUCAACAAGUUCAGUUUGUUGAUAUUGAAACUUUGAAACAACACGAUCCAAAGAAAAAUAAGAAGAACACGCAACAACAGAGAAAACGACGUUCAACGACCUCGGUCGACGAGGUUUCAGCCGACGAACAAUCGAGUUGGACCGAUGUCGAAACCAGAUGUGCUUACGGAAUCGGCAACAAUACUGGAGUUGUGGCUUCAAGCAAACGAAAGAAAUAGAAUUGAUUCCUUCACAAACUUGUCCACUGAUAUAUUUCUAGUUUACCGGUGAAUUCACGUGUAGAACUCUCAUUGUACAUAGACACAUUAUUAACGCUGCUAUGUUUUUCUGCUUAUAAUAAAAUAAAUCUACAAUCCAUAAAAAAUACUUUCCAAUUAAAUUUAAACAAUCAUAUUGUUUUCUUAAGUUUUAAUAAGACCGGCAAAAGUUGAAUAUUUGACUCCUACUUUUAAACGCUGUCUUUUACAAGUGAUUUGCGUAUGUAACUAUUUGUACCCAAUAUUCUACUGCGAAAUAAAAGUUUGAUUUUAA